GUCAAGUUGCGUCAACCAUCACAGCUCGACGUGAUGCAAUCCCGCGCUGCCUCCUCCCUCCUCGCCCAGCUCUCGCGUGCAAUAGGCCACGAGUCUGCUCAGAACGAGCUUAGGUGGAUGCAGCAGGCCUUCGAGAAAGCUCCAGCUGGCAUACACCCCACUGCACGCACUGUGAAGGACAUGGUUUCUCGGAGAAUACGCGGCGAACCUCUCCAGUACAUCUUAGGAUCUCAGCCAUUUGGCCCACUCAUGCUCGCCGUCCGUCCCCCGGUCCUCAUCCCGCGACCCGAGACCGAAGACUGGGCACUCCGCCUCGCCGACAUAGCAAGCGAAACCAUCCGCUCGUUGGUGCCAAGUCGUCCGCUGAGCAUUCUCGACCUCUGCACAGGCACGGGGUGCAUACCUCUGCUUCUCUGUCAUACUUUGCCGCCCGGUUCUGCACAGGCUACAGGGAUUGACAUCUCCGAGGACGCGAUCAAACUCGCACGAGAGAACGCGAUUCUCUGCGGGAUUUCUGUCUCUGCAGGCGACCAGCCACGCCCCAACGAGUGGCCAACACCCCUGAAGGAGAACACCUUCAAGCCCGUGCUCGCCGACCUAUUGCACCCAGACUUUGUCAGACUAGCACGGCUCACGCCGCCGUACCACGUUAUCACCUCAAACCCGCCAUACAUCCCGAAGAUCGAAUACGACCGUCUCCCAACCUCCGUCAAGGAUUACGAGGACGUCCGUGCGCUCGUCGGCGACCCUGACGGCGUCGCGCUUUCCACGCUGCCCGAAGCUGAUCGCAACAAAGGCCUGACGUUCUAUCACCGGAUCGCGGACCUCGUACGCGACCACGGCCUCCUGGCGGCCGGGGGUACGCUGGCGCUCGAGGUCGGCGACGGGCAGGCGCAGGACGUCGCGGCUAUUCUGGAACGCACGACUGCGAUGCGACGUAUCGACGUGUGGAAAGACCCAUGGGAGAAGGAGCGCGUUGUCGUUGCGCGUCGGUAG